AUGUCAACGUACGCGCUCCAACGAGUAUCUGAGCUUCUGAAGGAUGACUCUACCGCUGAGCGAACCAGAGAGAUAAAAAGUCAGCUACAGAAAGAAAAGUCGACCGUCGAAUACCAAUUGAACAAGCAGUCGAAAAAAAGCUUGGAUAACGUCAGUGAUAACCUUAAGAAGGUACAGCUUGCUCGUAAAAAUGUUCACGAUUUGCGAGGCAAAUUGAGCGAGAUCCAUCGACUAAGUCAGGAAAACAAACAUGCCAUAGACCGCUACGAAGUUGUUGAUGAGGCCACCACUAUCCACGAACUUAUAAAACAAACAGACUCCAUGUACGACAAGAUUGUGGGCUUUACAGACCUGCUCAAACAGAUUAAUGAAUUAAUAGACGAAGAGAUUUCACUUGAUACAUUGGAAACUGGGGUACCCCACCUUCUGCGAAUUCAUUAUCUUCUCACGAUAGCUCUAGAUUUCCGGGAUCAGUCCACGAUCUUAGCGCAAACGUCGACGGAUGAUGUUCAAAGGACAAUGCAGCGUGUUUUUCAAGGUUUACCGGAGCUAAUCAACAGAUUCAACCAGCUGUUGGUAUCAUUGAUCUACGAUAUUGUGGAAGCCGUGAGAACCAAUAAUCAAUCGCUUCUGAUACGGCUAUUCAAGAUUAUCGACCGGGAGGACCGAGAGGACAUUAAAAUCAUUGCCACAAGAAAGAUCAUAGAGACCAAAGAGCGAGAAGCGGAAUCUCGAACAAUAAAGAAACUACCAUCUUCUUAUGGAAAAUUGGGAGGCCUUGACGAUUCAACAAAGCACGAAUAUCCCUCCCCGGCUGCCUUGACGCGGGAAAUCAAGAGCGGCAUGAUAAGUUCUAGAUUGCUACCUCGCGGUUACAAAGAAUUCAUGUUUGAUACCAUAAGGAAAUCCAUUACCGAAAUGUUUGUUGAAGUCAGAAAGGAAUACCAAGGAGAAAAACGAUUUGAGGUGCUGCAAAAUUUGGAUUGGGUCUUCAAUGAGCUGAUGGUAGUGAAAGAGCAUGUUACAAAAUUGUGCCCAGCCCAUUGGCAAAUUUUCAAAAGGUAUUUUGACAUGUAUUAUACUGAGCUGAAUGCCUUAGUGACAGAGUUAGUGAAUGCUGAGCCUGAAACUCUGAUCAUUCUUGACAUUUUGGACUAUGACAAAACAUUUCAAGUCACACUCAAGAAAGAUUUUGGAUUCAACAAAGAUACAGUUCAGAGCGUGAUUGGAGAAAAAGAAAAGGACACAUUACUGAGAGACUACCUGCAGCUAAUUGUCAAGAAGUCCGAGGAAUGGUUCAAGAACUUGGGUGAAGCCGAAACCAAAAUAUUUGUGGAAAGAACGACCCCUCCUCAUACUGAUUCAGAAGGACUUUUGUUUCUGGAUGGUACUAAAACAUGCUUCCAAAUGUUUUCUCAGCAGGUGGAAGUAGCUGCAGGAUCAGGCCAAGCUAAGAUUUUGGUGGGUGUCGUGGAGAAACUGUGUCAAUUGUUAGGGGCUCGACAAAAGCGGUGGAUGACUGUGAUAACUACAGAAGUUAACAAAAGUCUCGAUUACAACCACAAGCUCGAAAAAUCCGAAGAUGGCGUUCCACCCCCAGAAGAGAGUGCUGGAGGUCUCGUCGAAUAUUUGGUUUCGUUAGCUAAUGACCAGAUGCGAGCGGCCGACUAUGCAGUCGCGAUAUCUCAGAAAUACGGCGCGAUGGUGACGAAAGUUCACGAAAAAGCGAUUUCUAAUCAUAUUGAACACACAUUGGACGGAUUUGCAGAAGUUGCAAAAUGCAGUAGCACAGGCCUCAUCAGCUUAAUUUUUGACGACUUACAAAAGCCAUACUCUCAGAUACUGGGUAAGCAUUGGUAUACGGGUUCUGAAGCGCAACAAAUUGCAGACACCAUUUAUGAGUAUUUGAGUGACAUUCGAGGUCAAAUGAAUCCUUUUGUCUACUCGACUUUGGUUGAAAGCGUGGUGGAAGAGACAAUAUUGAAAUUUGUGGAGUGUCUGAAAUACGAGCACACUUUCAAGAACAAGAAUAACAAGUUUUUGGAAUGUAUGAAACGCGAUUUUGAAGUGUUUUACAAACUGUUCGUUCAGUUCACGCCCGAGGAAGAAAAGGAAAUUAUAGACGAUAAAUUCAAGUUGAUGGAAUUCUUCAUGGACUUUGCAUGCGGGCCCUUGGAUGGGAUUGUGGAAGUGUGGUCACAAAUACUUGAAGUUUACUGGGAUUGUCCCGUACCGUUUUUGACUGCUAUAUUGCGGUGCAGAAAAGAUGUGGAUUCUUCCACCCUCAAACAUACCAUAGCGUCUGCUCAACGCAUCGCGUCGAGUCCACAGAGAGCAAACCAGCUGAGGUCACAGGACCUGCAAGCGACCUUUAUCAGCCGUUUUGCUUUAUGA